AUGCUAUACAGUCACGUAACUCUGUUAAUGCUUCGUGUUGUCGAUGUGGUUGCCAAAAGAACGGUCCAGCAAACUGCGCGGAUGCUUGUAGCCGAAAUACCCGGUGAUGUACAGAUUGGCGCACUAUUCCCGUUGCAUUAUCAAAUCACAGGUACUGAAGCAUGUGGUCGAAUCUGGGAACAGUACGGUAUCCAACGUAUGGAAAUUGCCCUUAGUACGGUAGCCGAACUGAAUGCAUUGCUGCCUUUCAAGCUUGGUAUCAGUAUAAGGGAUUCCUGCUGGACGGAUCGUAUUGCUAUGGAGCAAUCCAUUGCAUUUCUACGUGAAGGCGUUGGUCAGUGCUCGUGUACUUCAACUCCAGGUUGCCAGAAAAAGACAGCUCCAGUAGUGGCGAUUGUUGGUCCUGCAAAGAGUUCCACUACAAUUGCAGUACAAAAUUUGCUACAAGUAUUUCAUAUACCUCAAAUCGGAUAUGGUGCAACAACGGCUGAUCUUUCCGACAAAGAACAAUACGGUUAUUUCAUGCGUGUGGUACCUGCGGAUACGUGGCAGGCUAAACUGGUAGUUGCCAUGUUGGAACACUUUAACUGGACCUAUGUGGCCGUUGUUUAUUCCGCUGGAAACUAUGGUGAGAAAGGAUUCGAAGAGCUGGAACGAAUGAUCAACAGCGAUCAAUCGGAGAAUGUUUGCAUUGCAUAUUCGGAAAAAGUGAAGAGUUUGGCGGAACCAGCUGAAUUCGACAAGAUUUUGAAUUCCCUAAGUAGUCAAAAGUCGGUACCACAAGUAGUCGUCUGUUUUUGUGAAGGUCUUACGAUGCGUGGAAUGUUUAAAGCACAGCAGCGUCUUCGAAAAAAGAAUCCGGAAAUGCGGCCAUUCCAGUGGAUUUGUAGUGAUGGUUGGAAUGAUAGAUUAGACGUGGUCAAUGGAGUGGAACUUGAAGCUGCUGGAAGUUUCUCCAUUAGGAUACAUUCUCCGCACGUAAAAUGGUUUGAUCAGUAUUACUUCUCUUUAAAUCCAGAAAAUAAUAUACUCAAUCCGUGGUUUCGAGAGUUUUGGCAGGAGAAAUUUAACUGUCAAUUUGCGGUACCCAAAGAUGAUUUGGAAACAAAAAUUUGCACUGGACGGGAGAAUCUCACACUAAAUUAUAAACAGGAUGCAAAAUUGAGUCAAGUUGUAAAUUCGAUUCGUGUCGUUGGAUUAGCUCUCCAGACAUUGUACAACGAUCGUUGUAGGGAAAAUUCGACAAUGUGCACUGAAAUAUUUGCACUGAAUGGUACUUUGCUGCUCAAAUACAUGCUCAAUGUUACAUUUGUCGACCAGUUCAAUCAAGAAGUUUAUUUCGAUGCUAAUGGUGAUCCACCUGCCUGGUAUGAUGUUUUGAACUAUGUUGGUGGUGAGGAAGGUUUUCGUAUGGUUGGUGAAUACCGGAAAAAGCGUCUUGGGAAGUACCGAUUAAAAAUUACAAAGGAUAAUAUCAUGUUUUAUGAUAAAACAAAUCAAAUUCCAGAAUCGGUUUGCAGUAAACCUUGUAAAAUCGGACAGCGACAAAGGGAAACAGCGGCUUGUUGUUGGAUUUGUGAAGAUUGCUUGGCGUAUCAAAUCAUCAACUAUACAACACGUGUGUGCCAGAAUUGUACGCUUGGAUGGUGGCCUAAUGGAGAUCACACUACUUGCCAUCCAUUAGUACAUGAAGGACCAGAUUGGUCAUCUACAGGUAUCAUCCUCGCUUUGUUACUUGCAUCCUUGGGCAUAUUAAUGACAUUAUUCACCGUAUUGAUAUUCAUUCGUUAUAAUCAUACUCCUGUCGUCAAAUCAACCACCAGAGAGUUAUCCUAUAUAAUUCUGAAUGGAAUUACUAUUUGCUAUGCAGUAUCAUUCGCUGUACUUGCGAGACCAUCAUUUGUGACCUGCUUUAUAUCACGUACGCUACCUCCUGUUGGUUUUUCAAUGAUUUAUUCAGCACUUCUCACCAAGACGAACCGUAUUGCCCGUAUUUUAGCAGGAAGCAAAAAACGCAUCUUAACGAAAAAACCACGUUUCCUGAGUACUGCAUCACAAGUGGUAAUUACAUGGAUACUUGUAUGUAUCGAAUGUGUUAUUAUUGCUGCUGGUGUAAUGGGGGAAAUGCCGCAGGCCGGUUUUGAUCCGUAUUAUCAACCUCGACGUAUGGUACUUGUAUGCUCAACGACAACAUUUGCCUUUUUGAUGCCAUUUUUCUGGAAUCUUUUCUUGAUAUCACUUUGUACAUUAUAUGCGGUUAAAACGAGAAAUCUACCGGAAAAUUUUAAUGAAGCGAAAUUUAUUGGUUUCACCAUGUAUUGUACUUUGGUCGUUUGGUCAGCAUUUAUCGUUCUUCAUUUGGGUACAACAAAUAAAGCACUCACUAUGAGUUUUUCAUUCAGUCUCUCAGCCAGUAUAGCCUUGGUGUUAUUAUUUUUCCCGAAACUUUAUAUAAUCUUAUUGCAUCCGGAAAAGAAUGUUCGAGCAAGUUAUACAACUACCAAAUUGAUACGUUGCCAUUUUGGCAAUUCACAAACGACGGAAAGAGCUAGUAAAGAAACAAAUAAUUGGAAGUCCGGAUCCAGUCAACGCUCUAUUUCUAUUUCAAGGAGCGAAGCCGGAUCUCAGAGAAGAUAUGGUUACCGAAAACGUAAACUAUCAGUUCACGUCAGCCAAAGCCCGUCACAAGAUGCAUCGACACAAACUGAAUCCAACAAAAUAACUUCUAAGUUUGCUCGAACAUUCUCUAUUAUUAGUAGCGGUCUUGGUACUGCCGGUACAAGUGGUGCUGAACAUGGUAUCAAGCAAUUUGAGGUAAAUGACGACGUACAGCAAUUAAUUGAUUCCUGUCGAAGGUAUCAGAUUUCACAAGACGAACGGCUGCAUGGCUCCGUGAGAAAUUUAUUGUUGAUGAAAAAGGAAGAAGAAAAUGAAAAUAUUGGUUACUUGAUUGCAGAUUCAAUGAAAACCGUUCUCAAUACGGUUUCAAAGCAAGUUUUACCCACGACUUCAGCAUUAUCACACACUCAAAUAUCCAAUGAAGACAGUAAAUUCGAGCAGCUACUGAAGAGUCGUGGUAUGGAACCUUUACAGUUAACAAAUGCGACACCAUUAUGA